UCGAUGGGCAUCUCCGUGUUGGGCCUUGGUGCAUUGUGAUUGUUGGGCCCUGCCUGGUAGCCAUCGGUAUAGCACUGGGGCAAGGGGCAUCACGAUUCACGACACGGAAACAAUACAGGAGCCUGUGCCGAUCGAUCGGCAACUUCCGUGCUUGGCGAAACCCUCGCCUGUCGCCUCGCCGAGUCGCCAAGUCGUGAUUGUACCGAUCGAGCGCAAGAACCGCGGCCGCCGGCGCCGGCAAAGGAGAGGAUCCUAGGCCACGACCUGCAAGGAUGCUAGGAGGACUAGGAGAAUAAGGAUAUGGCGUCGAAGAAGAACCCCAAAUUCAGAACGCAAGAUAUAAAGAGCCUCUUUGCCAAAGCAUCUCGCACUAGCAGCUCUAACCCAGCUCCGCAUCCUGAUGUUGUUCCUGGACAAGGAGGAGAAGAAUAUCCCCAAGACCAAGAAGAUGUGCAGAUUGAUGUGCCUAUGCAAGAGGCAGACAAUGAAGUGGAAAUUCUUGUUGAUGAUAUUAUAGCUGAUCAAGGGGAAGAUGAUCUCAUUGAAGAGUGGAACUCAGACCACAUUGAGCCUGAUCCAGGGAUUCGUAUUCCAAUUGACAAAUUUCACCCCAAUAUUAGAGAUGAAGUUAGAUUGGCAUAUGUGGCGAGGGGUCCAACUCGACCAGUUGGUCAUGUUUAUCUCCGAGAUCAUUUUGAUAGGACCUUUUGUGAAGCAUGGUAUACCAAACAUACUUGGUUGGAAUAUAGUGUGGAGAAGAAUGCAGCUUAUUGCUUCUAUUGCUUUCUUUUUAGAAAAGAUCCGGUGGAUGAAAAAUUUGGUCACACUACCUUCACCAAAGAUGGCUUUACUACUUGGAAAAAUGCAUACAGAGCAUUCCCUCUUCAUGUUGGUGGCGCAAAUAGCAUACAUAAUCAAGCAAGGACAGCAUAUGAGGAUUACAAAAAUCAACGCUCAAGUGUGAAACAUAAGGUUACAACCUAUACCAAAGAAUCACUAGUCAAGUAUGAGACCCGGUUAGAAACAUCUUUGGGCAUUGUAAGUUAUCUUGCAUUGCAAGGUGAACCAUUCCGUGGACAUGAUGAGUCUGUACUUUCCUUAAAUAAGGGUAAUUUUCUCGAGAUGCUUGAUUGGUACAAAGAAAGAAAGGAGGAAGUGAGGAUUGCAUUUGAUGAGCUAUGUCCUAAAAAUGCCCAGAUGAUUUCUCCAACAAUUCAGAAGGAUCUUGCAAAAAGUUGUGCAGAGGGGGUCUGUAAAGCAAUAAAGCAAGAGAUGGGAGAUGGCCUCUUUUCAGUUCUUAUCGAUGAAUCUCGUGAUAUAUCAAUCAAAGAACAAAUGGCCGUUGUUGUGAGGUAUGUAAAGAAGGGAGAGGUCAUUGAAAGAUUUCUAUGUAUCAAGCAUGUCACCGAAACAACAGCCGAAGCAUUAAAGAAAGCAUUGUGUGAGGUGCUUGGUAAGCAUGGGCUACUUAUUGCAAAUUUACGAGGGCAGGGGUAUGACGGGGCUUCGAAUAUGAGAGGAGAAUUCAAUGGUGUUCAAAAACUUGUCCGUGACGAGAACCCAUAUGCUUUCUAUAUGCAUUGUUUUGCUCACCGGUUGCAAUUAGUAGUUGUUGCUGUCUCAAGAUGUUGUUCAUCUUUUGAGGAUUUCUUCGAAUAUGUGUCAUUGAUUGUUAGCAGCAGUAGUGCAUCUUGCAAGAGGAAAGAUAUAUUGCUUGACAAACAACGUAGAAUUCUCUUGGCUAAAUUGGAGAGUGGAGAUAUUUUCUCGGGAAGAGGCAAAAAUCAGGAAACAUCAUUGGCAAGACCGGGAGAUACAAGAUGGGGAUCUCAUUACACAACUUUAGCUCGUAUUGAAUCAAUGUGGGAGGCAGUAAUAGAAGUACUUGGUAUUGUGCACAAGGAUGAGCGUAAUCCUUCUAGGGCUGGAGGUUUGGUGCAUAUAAUGGAGUCUUUUACUUUUGUGUUCAUCAUGAAGUUGAUGUUGAAAAUCCUUCGCAUAACAAAUGAGUUAUCACUUAUCUUGCAAAAGAAGGAUCAAAAUAUUGUAGAAGCAAUGUCUUUGGUCACCGAUGUGCGAUCAUGCUUGAUAGACAUGAGGAACCAUGGUUGGGAACCACUGUUUGAAGAAGUGAAAACCUUUUGCAAUGAAAAUGAUAUCCCAUUGCCAAAUAUGGAUGAAGCUGUACCAAGAUUUGGUCAAUCAAGAAAAGGGGGGAGAAACAACAUCACUCAAGAUCAUUUUUUCGUGUUGAUAUCUUCUAUGCAUCUAUAG